AUGUGCACCGAGUGCUUCGUACAACUCAAGCGCCUGGAGAGCGCACCCACCGAAUCGCCUGCCUGUCCUUACUGCGUCGAGCCACAUUUCGGAGUCAUUUAUUCCCCGGCCCUUUUGCCGAGCGCUCUUCCAGGAUCACCUAUUCCAGGGCACAUGACUGCCACAACCAUGACCGGCUCGCCAUCAAGCAGUUUGCUGGACAGGGGUGCGGAUGCUCAAAGCCCUUCAUCACCUUCUACUCGCCGACGAAGCACCAGCCAUAAGAGCCCAGAAGUAGUCGCCGCAGAUGAUUUGAGGCCUGAUUGGAAUCGCAGGAUUUUGGCUGCAGUACAGCGCCAGCCUGGAUCAAGGCGGGCGUCAACAUCAUCAUCAGUGUCGAAUUCGACUUUUGCGCUGGGAAGACGAUUGGCGGUGGGACGACAGGGAACGAGCUCUCGACGGUCCAAUUCGUCGGCGGCGGCACAGGACUACAAUGGAUACUUGUCAGCCAUGCGCAACAUGGGCACAGACCUGGAGGAAUUGAUGAUUAUGGAGGCCAUGCGACAGAGUCUUCAGGAUGAGGAGGAGCGUUUGGCGCGUGAAGCUGCAGCAGCAGCUACUGCUGCCGCUGCCGGUGAUUCGAAUGCUACCGCUGGCCAAACUGGUGAGGGGAGUACUACAGGAUCAUCAUCGCCUUCUUCACCCACUCAGCAGAAUCGCAGUCGUGGUAGUCCGGGAGCACGAGGAGCAGCUGCACGCGUGGGAGGGUCAACGGCGUCACCGGCGACGGGACAUUCUCGGUCGUCGACGCAAUCGAGCACUGUUCAUGGUGGAUCGACGCCAGGUCCGGCAUUGGCACUCAGCCGGAGUGACAAUGGCAGUCUGGAGAGUUUGAGUGACCGCGGUGUUAGACAUGAUGAUGAUUCGGACAGCGAUCAGGAGGAUUCGCCAGCGUUGCUGGAUAACCGUGCGAUCCGGUAUGCGCAGGUAAACAUUGGUACUGCUACUGCUGUUACUGGUAAUGGUAGUGUUCGUGAGGGGUCAGAUCAUCCCAAACAUCAUCGUCAAGCCGAGGGACCUGGAUCGCGUAACACACCCGAGGCUGUUUGA